AUGCCCACAAGAAGCAAAUGCAUUCAGAACUCACACGAUCGUAGCAUUUCCCCCACCCCCGCAGACUUCGUCUGGAUAUGCGCCGCCCAAGUACAGUUACCCUCCCCUCCAACUCAAUCGCCUCCUCCCGGUGGCACCGUCCAAGCAUAUCCCGGGCCUCCAUCAUCGGUCAGCUCGCCUGUGCCCACCCCGCCGGUCAACGAAAAGCAGCAGUACUUGCAGCAAAAAUAUGUCCAGCGUAAUGCAUAUGCUCAACAGGUGGACGAUGCCGCAACUGCGACGCCAAAACCAAGGGCACCGUCCUUGUCUCAUAAGACUGCGCCCGCAGUCCAGCUACCUGGCGCUCCUACACCGGGACAGUUUGUGGGAGCCCAAGCAACCAACGAGGACAAUGUGGGAACCUUUAAUGGAGGAAGCUACAGAAUCAGCCAUCGGGAUUCUAACUCACUGUUGACAAUUCAACUCGCAGUGGGUUGUCCACUGAAAGCGAAGCCAGGUGUCAUGAUUGCCAUGUCCACGACCAUGAGUCUGAGGGGUGAGCUCACAUUUGGAUGGAAGAAGCUCAUUGCUGGCGGUGAAUUGGCGAUGUCGCAUUAUACAGGGCCCGGCGAGCUCUUGUUAGCACCAUCGGUCCUAGGAGAUAUGAUGGUGCUCCGUCUAGACGGCGAGCAGGAGUGGAAACUCGGCAGAGACGCUUUCGUGGCCAUGACAUCGGGAGUGACGCAUGACUAUGUAAGACAAGGUAUUGCGAAAGCAUUCUUCUCGGGAGAAGGCCUGUUCAUCUAUAAGUUCGGCGGAAAGGGCUUGCUAUGGCUCCAGAGUUUUGGCGCAAUUGUUCGGAAAGAUCUCAAAGAAAAGGAAGAGUACUUUGUCGACAAUGGCCAUCUCGUUGGCUGGAACUGCAAAUACAAAAUCGAGCGUGCCGCGGCGGGUGGUAUCAUCUCCGGCUUGAGCUCCGGGGAAGGUCUUGCCUGCAGAUUCGAAGGCCCGGGAACGGUGUAUAUUCAAACACGGAAUCUCAACGUCUUUGCCAAGCAAAUGAAGAUCAGCACGGCGAGUGGUUAA